AUGGUCUGCUCCUUAAACAAGAAACAAGAAACAGCUGCAGCUGCUCCUAACAUACCCGUACCUAGUUCAACACGAGCAGUCGUCCUGCAGGACUAUGUCUCAGCAGAAUAUGCGUUGGAUCUCUGGCCUUCUCCCGCAGGAACAAAGAAUUCCCGAUUCCCGAUCCAAUCCCAGAGGACUCGCUACUUCAAGUCGAACAAGAACGAGCAAGACGAUAUGUCUGCUCUUCUGCUUGGUACGCCAUUCCCAACUUAUGCAGCACUCGGUCGAGUUGCGCAGAUCGGAGGUGGAAAAGGGCGUGGACAUUACAAGAAGGACAAAGCGAGACCCAGAAAGGAGAUACCUGGCGUAAACAUCAGCGCAUAUCUUGGUGCACUUGGAAUCUCUGGAAGAACAGCAUAUUUUGCGUUGAUGGGAGUGUUGAAACCCGAGGAGAGUGAUACUCUCGCCUUGAGUGGUGCAACAGGCGUCAUCGGAAAUGUAGCCAUUCAGUAUGCUAAGAAAGUCCUCGGAUUGGCACGCGUUAUCGGAAUCGCUGGCACAGAUGAGAAGUGCACCUGGUUGAAGAGUAUCGGAGCGGACGAAGCGGUUAACUAUAAGAGUACAACAUUCGCUCAGGACCUGACCAAAGCGAUACCAUAUAAAAAGAAUUUGCCUAUAUCACAAGUCAUGUCGAAGGUCAACGAACCAGUAGUCAUGAAUAACUAUGCGCAGAUACUCCUGAACAGAUUGAUAUUGGAAGGUUUCACAGUUAAUGACUACCUUGACCUUAUGGGUGAGGUAGAACAGGCGCCUGGUGCGGUCCUCUGCUUGGGAAAACUCAUCUUGCAUGGAGCCGAGAUGGUAGUCGACAUACAAGGUCGUCUUGAAGAGAUCCCGCGUGUUUGGGGUGGACUUUUCGCGGGCGUAAACACUGGAAAGCUGGUUACGAAGGUGGCGGAUUAG